AUGGUCCAUUUUAACAGGCUUCACAGCCAUUUGUCACCCCUGCAUUAUGUGGCCAUGAUGAACCCACGACUCUGCCAGCUCAUGGCUCUAGGCUCCUGGUUGAUCAGUAUCCUGGGCUCCCUCCCAGACACCUUGACCAUUUUGAGGCUGUCCUUUUGCAAACACAUAGAAAUCCCUCACUUUUUCUGUGAUCUUCCUGAAGUUCUGAGGCUUGCCUGCUCUGACACUCUCAUCAAUCACAUAGUAGUAUACUCCACAACCAUCAUCCUGGGUGUUUUCCCUCUCACUGGCAUCCUCCUCUUCUACUCUCAGAUUUUCUCCUCCAUCCUGAGGAUCUCAUCAGACAGAGGCAAGUACAAAGCCUUUUCUACCUGUGGGUCUCACCUUCUGGUGGUCUCCUUGUUCUAUGGAACUAGCCUUGCGUUUAACCUCAGUUCUAUAGCCAAAGUUUCUUCUAAGAUGAGUCUGAUGUCCUCAAUGAUGUACACCAUGGUCACUCCCAUGCUGAACACUUUCAUCUACAGUCUGAGGAACAGACACAUCAAGGUGACCCUGGGGAGAGUUCUCAACAAGAUGUUGCCUCUCAGAGAAAGAAUGAAUGCACGCCUCUCAUGA